UAACAACUUUAAGACGAGCAUACAGAGAGAAAAUUUACAAGAAUUCUUCCAGCGUUUGGCUCUGUUGUUAAACAGAAUAUGUUCACUCUCUGAGAAUUAUAUACACCUACUCUAUAUGAGGAAGAGGUUACAAAUACUCAUCAAUAUAAAGAGAAGGGGACACAAGAGUUGGGAAGUUAAAAAGCUAUGGCGGAAACAGCGCCCUGGAUUCCAUUUUGGCUUCCUUUGAUGGUUUUGGGAUGUUUUAGUUUGAAAUGGUUGGUUAAGAAAGUGAACGUUUGGCUCUAUGCGUCUAGCCUCGGAGAGAACAAGCACUAUCUGCCACCAGGUGAUUUGGGUUGGCCUUUCAUUGGCAACAUGCCUUCUUUUCUCAGAGCUUUCAAAACCUCUGACCCUGACUCCUUUACCCGCUCCUUAGUCAAAAGGUAUGGACCUAAAGGUGUCUACAAAACACACAUGUUUGGGAACCCAAGUAUAAUAGUGACAACACCAGAUACUUGCCGGCGUGUGCUGACGGAUGAUGAUGCCUUCAGGCCAGGUUGGCCAACAUCUACAAUGGAACUCAUUGGAAGGAAGUCAUUCAUUGGUAUUCCUUAUGAAGAACACAAACGUCUCAGGCGUUUGACUGCUGCUCCAGUCAAUGGCCAUGAAGCUCUCUCUCUUUACAUACCGUACAUUGAAGAAAACGUUGUUGCCGCGCUACACAAGUGGACCAAGAUGGGAGAAUUCGAGUUCUUGACUCAUCUGCGUAAGCUUACCUUUAGGAUCAUCAUGUAUAUCUUUCUCAGCACUGAGAGUGAGAAUGUUAUGGACGCUUUGGAAAGAGAGUAUACUGCUCUUAACUAUGGAGUGAGAGCCAUGGCGGUUAAUUUUCCUGGCUUUGCUUAUCAUAGAGCACUCAAGGCGAGGAAGAAACUUGUGGCUGCCUUUCAGUCUAUAGUAACUGAGCGUAGAAACCAAAGGAAGCAGAAUAGUACAUCCAAUAAGAAAGAUAUGUUGGACAAUCUCAUUGAUGUUAAAGAUGAAAAUGGAAAAACUCUAGAUGAUGAAGAGAUUAUUGAUGUUCUUCUGAUGUAUCUUAAUGCUGGUCAUGAAUCCUCUGGCCAUACCAUUAUGUGGGCUACCAUUUUCCUUCAGGAACAUCCUGAGUUUCUACAGAGAGCAAAGGCGGAACAAGAGAUAAUCCUGGAAAAUAGGCCUAAGGGACAAAAGGGUCUUACUCUGAAAGAAACUAGACAAAUGGAGUUUUUGUCGCAGGUUGUUGAUGAGACACUUCGAGUCAUAACAUUCUCACUUACUGCAUUUCGGGAGGCAAAGACUGAUGUUGAGAUGAAUGGCUACUUGAUCCCAAAAGGUUGGAAGGUUUUGACAUGGUUUAGGGAUGUCCACAUGGACCCUGAAGUCUACCCGGAUCCAAGAAAAUUUGAUCCUUCUAGAUGGGAUAAGGGGUUUAUACCAAAAGCUGGUGCCUUCCUUCCUUUUGGUGCUGGAAGCCAUUUAUGCCCAGGAAAUGACCUCGCUAAGCUCGAGAUUUCUAUUUUCCUUCACCAUUUCCUCCUCAAGUAUCGGGUGAAAAGGAGCAACACAGAGUGUCCAGUGAUGUACUUGCCUCACACUAGACCAACUGAUAAUUGCUUGGCAAGAAUCACUUAUCAGUAAAAAACAUCAUUCUCAUCUUUUAAGUUAAAGCUCUAAUAAAAUGCUGUUAGUAAGCUCAGCUCAUCAGUUACUUUGUUCGUUGUUUGAAACUGCAUCAGACAAUUUACUCUGUUCCAUGAAACAGAGCUCUCUCUCUCUUGUUCUCUUAAAUUGUUAUUUAAUUAUCAAACUCUUUAUCUCAAGGUGCUUGCUUUAAUAUAUGGCCAUUG